ACCAGACACGCGCGAGGAAGACUCUGAGCGACGGCUUGUGCAGAAACGCGGGGUGGACGCGACGACCUUCCCCCACAGGCUACCCCAGGAAUCCGGACCGGCGCUGUUACGUACAGGGCAUUUGUAGCGUCAUAUAAGGACGCUCGAGGGCUGCACCCGCUGGAAAGCGUACAUACCCGAAUCCAGUACAUAGCGACAUGUCUGCCUCUCCGCCGCGCCCCGGGCAGGCAUCGCACACGCGCACCUACCAGGCCUGCAUUCCAUGUCGUCGCCGCAAGGUGCGCUGCGACCUGGGGCCUGUCGACAACCCGCACGACCCGCCGUGCGUGCGCUGCCGCCGCGAGAGCAAGGAGUGCUUCUUCUCGGCCACGCGCCGCAAGCGCAAGCAGGACGGCGAGGAUGAGGCCGACGAGCUGGACGACUACGAGGUGCGCAACGCGAGGAAGCGCUCGCGUCCGGACGAAGUCGACCACCACGAGCCGGCCGCCAGCGUGUCCGCCUAUGUCUCACAGCCGCUGACGCCUGGAGGCUCGGUCGGCCGCUAUGAGCCGCUGCGACGCCCGACCACAGCGGCGUCCCUGGCGCCCGUCGAGCACAGCGAGGAGGACAUCAAGGUCAACAACGAGUCCGUCGCCACCCUGCAGACGGGCGAGAUCUACAGCGGCCACGACGCCCUGAACCUGCUGUUCGAGGCUGCUCGCAAUGGCGCCAUGGACCUGCACCACCGCACCACCAGCACCUCGAGCAUGCAGCGCCCCAAUCUGGGCAGCACGCCGGGCUCCAACUUUGCCGGCAGUCCGCAGGUGACGGCCCCGCACAUCAGGAGUACCUCGCGCGCUGCUGUCGACAAUGUCGACCCCGCCAUCACGCAGCCAUUGCCGCCUCCGCAGCCGCAGCCGCAGCCGCCCGUGCUGCCAGACCCACCGAACGAGGCUGCCUUCAACGACGCCCUUCAAGCAUGGUCGAGGUUCCGCUUCGUGCGCGCGGGCUGGCUGACGGCGAAGGAGGCCAUUGCUUACAUUGAUUACUUCUAUGCCUACCUGUCCCCUCUGACGCCCAUCGUUGUGCCCGACUACCGCGACCACGCCUACCACGGCAAGCUGCUGAAAGAGGAGCCCAUGCUUGUCAUCACCCUGCUCACCAUCGCCUCGCGAUACUCACAGCCUAGCGGCCACACCAACGCCGGCGCAGCCUCACGUGCAUAUCUGAUCCAUGAGAAGCUGUGGAAGUAUCUGCAGGGCAUGAUUGACCGUAUGAUAUUUGGCCAGGAGCAGUUUGGUGGUGGCUUCUGCGGCGCAGGACAGCAGCCGGGAUCUGAUGUAAACCCUCUGUCCCGCAAGGGCCUUCGGACGCUGGGCACAGUCGAGAGUCUGAUGCUACUGACCGAAUGGCAUCCGCGCGCCCUGCACUUUCCGCCCGGUGAUGACGACGACGAGCUGGUUCUCCCAGACGAUCUCGACCAUGAAAAGGGGCCUAAAGCUGAUAUGUACAAGGGAGUGGGCGACAAACGCAUAGACAGCUGGCUGGAACCCUGCUGGCGAAGUGACCGUAUGUGUUGGAUGCUCCUCGGUAAUGCCAUGACGCUCGGUUUCGAGAUUGGAGUGUUCGACGAGACGAGCGAGACGGAGUUUGAGCAGGCAAAUCACCACCUGUCUCAUGCGACAGUGAAGUCGUAUUUUCGACGGAAAAACCACCUCAAGAACUUGUUGAUCAUAUACGUUACCCAGACCAGCGGCCGACUGGGUCUGACCUCCAUGUUGCCUAAGAUUGACAAGCGCGAUGAGAACUUCGUCAGCGGCCCGACACCGAAUGAACUAUACCAGCAACGUGUGAGCGGCAUCAAGGCACCGCCCAUGCAGUUCGGCACGCGCCCCAGUGCGGGGCAGGAUGGACAGCGACUACCACUCGAAUCUGUAGCACACCAGGAGCGGCACGCCGUGCAAGAUCUCGUUCUCGACUUCUGGACGCGCAUAGCAAAGGUGAUGGAGAUGGGCAACCUCAAGCUGUUCUCGAAUCGUCGAAAGACGCGAGAGCUGCUCAAGUCAGGGCAGUACGAGGAUAUGCUUAAGUUCUUCCAAGGGCCAUUGAUGGAGUGGAAGACAUGCUUCGACCGCGCUCCACAAGUCCCUACCCAACUCCGCCAUGUACUCAUAAUAGAAUUCGAAUACACCCGCGUGUAUCUCAACUCGCUCGCACUGCAAGCCGUAGUCGAGCGCUGUACACACAACACACCACUGCAGACCCACGCCAACCUGUCCACAACCCGGACUCCCACAGGCACAAAUGGCAGUGCCCCCGGCCCCGGCGAUGGCGGUGCGAUCCCCUUCUCCACACUGACAAAGUGGUACGCCAACGAUCGACACUACAUCAACGAAGUCAUUGACGCGUCGCGCAAUGUCUUGAAAGUAGUCGUCGAGGGCUUGUACCCGGGAGACUACCUCCGACACGCGCCAGUGCGAACGUUUUUCCGGAUCGUGUCAGUCGCCAUUAUCCUGUUGAAAACAUUCGCACUAGGCGCAACCGAGGAAGAUGUCGCCGUCUCGCUCGCGCUCCUCUCGGGCGCUGUCGACGCCCUGCGCACCAGCAUCGUCGACGAUGUGCACGUCGGCAACCGCUUCGCCGACCUUGUCGAAACCCUCACUCACCGCAUCCGCUCGCGCUUCGUCCGCCUCGCUGCGAACGGCAGCUCCGCCAUGUCGCGCGCCGGCUCGCGCUCCCCGCUCCAAGCACCUCUUAUGCCGCCCCCUGCCCCCCUUAACCCCAUCGCAGGCUCAUACAUGGGCUCGACCUCGCACAUCUUCCCGACCAACGGCACCGGCACCGGCACCAGCGUUCCCGGCUCGCCCUCGCUCAGCGGCCGCGCAACCCCGAUCUCGCAGUCGCUGUGGGGCAUCUCCGCCGAGCCCUACGACCCAAACUCAAACUCCAUCUCCAUCAUGCCCCCGCCGGGCUUCAACGCGUUCCCGCACCCCGGCACGCCCGGUGGCUCUGCCAACGGCAAUGCGAACAGCACCGCCAACGGCUCGUGGUCGCAGUGGGCCAACAGCGGCGCCAGCUGGGGCGGCGCGAACAACGACCAGGACUGGCUGGCGCUGCCGCUGGAUCCGCUGCUCGACCAGUGGGGCGCGGAGAUCAACCAGACAGCCAUGGGGCCGGAUGUGGGCGGCAUGGAUAUGCUGGACAUCCUGCUGAACAUGGGCGGGCCGCCCGGCAGCACAUCGUAGCGUCCGCUGGCGAGGAAGGGAAAGCAGAGAGAAGGGGAGUAGUGAUGGCUGGAGUGGAUACUCCGAGCCUGAUCUUGUGCGGUGCAAUGUAUUCUCGAUCUCUGGGCGGUAGUUUGCGAUACCCCAGCAGCUUUCGCUGUCUUUUAUGCAUUGACGCGUUCAUCGUGUGCCUAUGGAGAGGCGAGGUAGCAGUUCUUUUCUAUGCCGAUCUGCUGUUGUGGUCGUAGAUGAUACGAUAUCAUGAAUGAGUAGGGCAAAGCAAAACAACAAAAAUGACAUCAAUGAUCGAAUGAACA